AUCUCCGCCAUUUGUAAAUUAAUUGCUGGCGAAAUAUUUAAGGUAUUUUCCUUAAAUUUUGCAAUAUUGAAACGAUUUGGUAACAAAUAGCACAAGCAUAUAUUGCAUUAUGUUCUAGGCUGUUUACAAAAGAGAUUGCCUUAAAGAGAUGGAAAUUCUACAUCUACAGUAGCAGCAAAUUAACAAUGGGGUAGAUACAUGUAGAAAAUGGGUUGAGAAAUUUGACAUUCGCUUCAGAAUUAAAUUUGUUUGUUAAGUUUUUAACAAUGGCUAACAAUUAUUCAAAUGUGAUGGAUGGGACUCGUCUAUCAGAGCAAAAUAUUUACACAUGUCGUCUGUGUUUCAAACAGUUCCUUUACUACAGUGACUAUGCUUUCCAUGAACGUAUGCACUUUGACCAGGUUACCAUACCUGGUUCUCUGCAAUCGGCUGGUUUAAGACCACCUUUUGAUAAUCAUGUGGUUCCAGCAUAUAACUCGACUGGUUCUACGCCCGGGACUUUGGACAGUUUCGAUAAGUUGAUUCAACCAUUCCGUAGUUCAAUUCCUGAAAAUGAUAUCAGGUCUCAACCAGAUUCCAGAGGACUGAUUCCAACAAGUCAGCAAGACUUGCGAAAUUAUGUGCCUUCAAGUCCUGCUGAUCAUAGGAAUAUGGCAGUAACAAGCCCAGCUGACCCAAGGAAUAUGGUCGCCACAAGCCCAGGUGACCCUCGCAAUAUGGUUCCAUCAAGUCCAGCUGACCCAAGGAAUCUGAUCCCUUCUAGCCCAGCAGAUACAAGGAACAUGGUACCUUCAAGUCCUGCAGAUCCUAGAAACUUGGUUCCUGCCAGCCCUGUAGACCCGAGAAAUAUGGUUCCAGCUAGCCCAGUAGAUCCAAGAAACAUGGUUCCGGCAAGUCCUGUGGAUCCUAGAAACCUUGUUCCAGCAAGUCCUGUAGAUCCAAGGAACAUGGUACCAGCAAGCCCAGUUGAUCCAAGAAAUAUGGUAGCAGCUAGCCCAGUUGAUCCAAGGAACAUGGUUCCUGCCAGUCCUGCUGCUCAACAAGAUCCAAGAAAUCUUAUGGUUUCAAGCCCGGCUUCACUGCCUGAUAAAUCUUCACAACAAAUGUACAGAAGUGAUAUAGAUGUACAGAACAUGAAUCUCGGGUCAAGAUCAACACCAAUCAACAUUCAGAGUCCCUCUAUUUCUAUGGCAAGUGUUCCCAUGUCAACAGAUGUAAGAAUGUUACCCAUAGAUUCACGACCAUCUCAAAGUCAGGUGUCAUCUGACAGUAGACAUCUUCCUGUUGACAGUCUUGCUUAUAGCUCUUCCUCAUUCCUGGACAGUUUAACACGGAGUUUGUACACCCCAGAUCUCUCAAAUAAACCUAUGUCAAUACCCCCUUUUAGUGCACUUCCAAUGGGACGGCCAGAAGAGAUUUUGGGACUGGAUAGUAGGCAACAUCCAAUUCAAAAGCCUGAUCCCUACUAUGGCAUCCCUAAAUCAAUUUACCAUCCAACUUCGGCACCGGAGGUAGGCGACAACUACACCGGCAACCAGUAUGGACUUAGCAAGCUGCUUGGCCCUCAGCAAGGGACGUAUUACCAACAGACCCUGUCUAGCCAACCUCAGAAUCUGUAUGGUGUAGAUAAACUGACUUCUGCACCGUUGCCAGUAAAUUAUUAUAAUCAGCCUAACAGUAAUGAAAAAUCCAACACUGACCAUAGAGACACCGUGCCGAAACAGACAUUGCACUAUGGUCCUUCAGUAGCAACUGUAUCCACAACUAACCAUUCCCACUAUCAACAUAGCAUUCCACGUACCGAUCAGCAGCUGUCAAAUCCUAGCCAGCAGAAAGUAGUCCCAAACUCGACAGAGCAGUUGCCGGCAUAUCCUAGCGGGCAUGCUUCACCUCAUCUCACUUACAGCCAGGUUUAUAAGGGUAGUCAGCCACAAGCUCAGGUUUAUGCUCCAGUGCCUUCACAUGCCUUGCCAAGUCAGCAUGACUACAAGUUGAGCACUGAGCCAGUACCAACUGUCAACCUGGCCCCUAAACAGCCAACACAACAGACACAGGAAAUCAUGUGCUAUAUCUGCCAGGCACCAUUCUCUAACAUGGCCGAUAUGUCAGAGCACAUGAAGAUUCACGCACAGGGAAUGGUAUCCCAAAACCGAUCUCCUAUCACCACACAGCAGCAGAAUUUUUCAGUCAGUACUGCAGGACCUUUACCCUCUGCUGGACCAGUUUCAUCGUCACCAGGCGCUGAUGUCUUGCGAGCUCAUUUGGCAGCGAAACAGGUUAGUCCAGUGCUUCCGCAAGGUCCUCAUAUGAAGCCCAAGGAGACCAUGCCUGUAAAGCCUAAGCACCCAGUUCCAGAGAAAGUGAAGGAGAUACCCCAGCCUACAAAGUCGAAGGAUAGUGUAUCUUUUAACUGUACUGUGUGUGGUAAAGCAUUCAUGAUACAGGCGUUGUUGGUUGAUCAUAUGAAGGUACAUACAUCCCCACAGCAAUAUGAAUGUAAGGUGUGCGGAAAAGUUUUUAAGAAAAAGUCGAAAUGUGCCAGGCAUGAGGCACUCCAUUCCCGCGACAUUCAUCUAUAUUACUGUGAGAUUUGUGACAAAAACUUUGAACAAAAAGGUAAAUAUCUUCAUCACAUACAAAAUCGGCACACAGAGCAGGAUUCUUUCCGUAUUCAUCAGCAUAGGGAACACCAGGCAGGAACCAAAAAGGCUGUGCCGCUUACUGGUGGAACCAUCGAUACCACUUUCGAUGGUGUGGAAGUGGAAAAAUAUAUUGACUGUCAAAUUUGUGAUGAAGAAAUUGAGAAAGUGAAACUUGUGGCUCAUUUGAAAACACAUGAUGUUCACACAUGUGAUAAAUGUGAUCAAGUGUUCUUGCAAAAAACUGAAUGUGUUGAACAUUUAAUGAGUCAGCAUAGGAAAGAAUUACAGAAUACGAAAUCAGAAGAUGAGCGUGAAUCUCCAAUGAAGAAAAGUUUGUUUAAUGUUGAAAGUAAAAAAGUGAAUGAACCUGUCGUAGAUCCAGAAAUAAAAAGCGACGCCUCAGGGAUUGUAGGGAAGGUUAACAAGAGUAGAAAAGAAGUUAUCAAAGACUUGAAGGAAAAGAAAAAGGAAGUCAUGAAAAACUUGAAAGAGAAACAAAAACAACUCAGGUACCUGGAAAAGCAGAAACUUGUGAAAGAGAAAAAAGUUAAAACUGAUACUGUUUCACCAGAAGAGAGUGUUAAAAAUGUUGAAGAAGUCAAGACUAUAACCAAAAGUCAGGACGAUUCCAAGUUAAAUUUAACUGAAGUUAAGUUGAAAUUCAGUUGUUCCAAAUGUGAAAAAUCUUUUGCUAAUAAGUCAGAUCUGAUAGCGCACGUUGAGACCCAUGUCAAAGAUCCAACACGGGUAUAUUGCGAGGUAUGCGACUACGCGUAUCAAACAAAAGAGAAAGGUUAUUACAUAUAUCAUAUGAAAUACCAUAGAGAUCAUGAGCUUAUAAAUUCCAAACAUCCUGCUCAGAUGUGCUGUCAGAUAUGCUAUACUAACAUACCUAAAGAGACAUUUGUGACCCAUAUAAAGCGAGUACAUUCACAGUAUUCAUGUGACAUUUGUCAGUGGUCCUACUCCAGCAUAAAAUCUCUCGAGAAGCACAUGAGGUCUAUUCAUGGUGGUAAAAAGUACAAGAAUUAUGUGUAUGAUGAAAGUCAUUAUAUUGAAGAUAUUGUUGAACCGCCACCUUCUCCUGACACUCCAGUCGUUUACAAAAAGCUCAAAGAUAUACAGGCAGAACAGCAGCAAAGUGUUGAGAAAAAGAAAGGAGCAAAGAUGUUCUCGUGUAAAGAAUGCAGAAAGAGUUACACUAAGAAACAAAAUUAUGACAAGCACUUAAAGACUCAUAAUAUGUCUAGUGAAGAGCCUCAGAUCAUUUGUGAGCUUUGCCAGGUAUGUCUAGAUAGUAGGGGUACAUACAUAUACCAUUUGCAGCAGCAUAGUGAACUUGAAAACACUACAGCUGCAGCUGUAAAGAUCGAGAAGGCACAAGAUAAAGAUACUAGUAAAUUAGACAAUAAAAUUAAAGUUGAGGAAAUGAUCAAAACUGAAACAUGUUUAAAAGAUGGGAAAGGUAAUAAGAAUGAAAGUAAAAAAGAUGUAUCUGAAACAAAAAGGGUAUCAGCGAAAAACGAUACUGAAAAAAUUAAGAAGGAAACUAUGAUCACUGUGCUAAAUCCAGAAACUGGGGACUUUGAAGAAAAACUAAUUGAAGAAAGUGAUGAACCUGAAAUAAGUAUUGAUAUAAGAAUAUUUGAAGAGGAUUUUGUUAAGGAGACUGAGGUUAAAGAUGAAACUGAAGAAACAGAUGACAAGGAGAAAAGUGUUAAUGAUGUUGUUGGUGAAAUUGUUUAUUGUCGUUUAUGCAACAAGUGUGUUCAGAGAAGUACAUUAUCAGAACAUAUGAGAACUCAUUUGACAUACAGUUGUAAUAGUUGUCACUAUGCUUUUAUGAAGAAACAACGUUAUAUAGAGCACAAACUGGCUUUACAUUUAUCUGAACUUAUUGCAGAAGAAAUAGAGAAGCAUGAAAAGGCUGUUCCAGAAGAAUCAGUGAAACCAGAAAAUACAACUGAGCAAAAGGAGAAAGAUUUACACAGGAGAAAGAGAAGUACUAAAAUUCUGAAUUGCCCUUUGUGUACCUCUGAAUUUAGGCAAGAUAAAUAUGUCGAACAUUUAAAGACUCAUGAAAAGCCAGUUCUUGCUUGCCAGUUUUGUGAACGAACCUUUUCCAAGAAAAACAUUUUAGCUAUUCAUGAAAAGUCACACGAGACAAUUUCUCAUGGAGUAAAUGAACUGCCCUAUCCUAAAUUAUGUCCUGUGUGUGGAAUUGAAAUGAAUUCUAGAAAAGCGUAUAUGAAUCAUGUAACUGAACAUUCUAAAAAAGUGGUAAGUUGUAAGAAGUGUGAAGAAAUGUUUACAAAUGACAAAGUUCUUGACAACCAUGUUAAGCUGUGUCAUGAUCCACAUGCUAAGGUUUACUGGAAGGAAGAUGGAGAGGGUUUGAAGUUUGAUACUAAAACUGGAAGAAUACAUGAAGUUAGUUCUGACUAUAUUUCUGAAAUUAAAGAACUGAAUGAUCUAUGCAAGCAGUUUGGAAAGCCCCCAAUAUGGUUUACGUCUCCUAAGAAAGUGAAAGAGGUUAAGGAAAAGUCUCUAAAUACAAGUAAAGUAAAAAGGGGUGAAAGUAAGAAAGAAGAGGCCUCUGAAAGUGUAGAAACAAGUGACAGUGAAGAAAAGCCUAAAAAUGAAACAUCAGAUGAGGAUUAUGUUCCUGAAAGAAACCUACGUAAGCGAAAGUCUGGAAAAGUGACAGAAAGUGAUGAUGUUGAAGAUGAAGACUCUGAAUCUGAAGGUUAUAAACCUUCAAAAAAGAAAAAGCGAAGUCCUAGGUAUAAUAAUGUAUCAGAUGAUUCUGUUUCAGAAGAUAGUUAUAAACCAAAAAGUACAAAAACCAGACAAGUGGUUGUGAAAAAAGAUCUGUUGAAACAAAAAAUUAAGAAACUUAAACAAACUGCUGGAAGAGUUCUAAGAUCCACAAUAGAUAAUAAAUCUGAAUCUAAAGCGAAUAAAGUUAAACCUGUUGUUAAGCGGAAAACAGAUGGUGAAAGUAGCUCAAGUAGUCCUAAGAAAAAGCGAACUGAAGUUGAAAACUUAAGUUUUGAAGAGGUUGAAAAGGUUAAAAGAAAUGACGAAUUCCCAGAGAAAUGCCCAGAAUGUGGAAUAGCUCAGUUUUCAUUAAGUAGUUACAAGGCUCAUGCAAGGAUGCAUACAGGGGAUAAUCCAUUUCGUUGCCCUGUUUGUGAUCAAUCCUUUACACGUGCUUGUAACAUGCUGACACAUGUGAAACAUAAACAUAAGGAAUAUAGUUUGAAAAAAUUGAGGAAAAACAUGAAAAGCUUUUCUGAACCGAAUAAGUCUGUUAGAUCUUUAAGAAACCGUGAGAAAAGCCCUGCACCUAAUCCAGACAUACCACUGUCUGCAAGCACACCUAUAAAAGGCUCAAGGCUUGUAGUUAAACUUUCCCCAAUAGACAUUGAGGAGAAAAAGAAAAGUGUUAAGAGGAGUCCAGAUACUAAAAUUCUAGACAGUAUAGAGAAGAAAAGUAUAUACUUUUGUGAAGUUUGUAAGAAAAAGUUUUCUCAAAGAUGGAAUUAUGCUCAACAUAUUCAGGUACAUAAGAAAGAUGGUAAAAAGAAAGAAAAGGAAAAUAAGACUGUUGCUAAUAAGAAAGACAUGAAAAAGAAAGAAAAAGAGAGUAAACCAUUUUCAUGUAAGGACUGCUCUGAAUCAUUUAAAAAGAAAAGAGACUUGUAUAUUCAUACCAAAAUUCAUUCGACUGAUGAAGAUGACAAUUCUGACAAAACUGAAGUUGAAAAUUUAAACCUUUCCCUAAAUACUUCAAUUGAAAGUACAAGCAGUGAUAAAGUAAAUAGUUCUAUGGAGACAACUGAAAGUUUUGUUGCUCAAAAUGGCAAACUUGAUGAAAGCAAAAGUGAGAGUAAAAGCAAUGCUUCGCAAAAUGAAAGUAUAGAAAUGGCAACAGAUCUGAAUCUAGGUGACAGUUUAGAAAUUGAUACUGAAACAAAUGACAUAGCAAAGGCAAAACAGAAACAAAUUGUUAAAGAACAAGUUAGUGGUAAGAAUGGUACAAAAGAUGACAUUGGUAAAAUAUCUAAAAGUGACAAUGUUUCUGUCUCAGGAAUAAGUGGGGAUACUGUUUCAGUAAGUAAAGAAGAGAAUAUAAAGAAUGAAACAUCUUUGAAUUCAAAUACUGUGUCGAUGGAGAACAACAAAGACAUGGGUAAUAACGGUUGUGAAUUAGUAAAAGAAAUAUCUGUGCCUCAGAAUAAUAAUGAUGAUCACAGUAAAAGUGGUGAUAGUGACAGUGAAAAGGCAAAGUUACGGACUCAGCCGUCUGUUAAUAAAAUGUCAGCUGAGACAGCAAUAUCUAAAUGGAAAGCGAAAGUUAGCGAACUGUUGUCUUCUCAGCUAGAGCUUCAUGCUACAAAGCAACAAGAGGAGCUUGCCAAUCCCGAAAUAAAGCGGGUCAAGGAGUAUUUGUCUAUAAGUGGUAAAGGGGAGAAGCAUAAGUUUGAGUGUCGUAUAUGCGGGGAUUCGACAUGCGAUGAGGAAGCUUCAUUCAGGCACCACAUGGAAGUUCAUCUGAACGAACCUCCGCCCCAUUGUGGUAUAUGUGACAUUUAUUUUAUGGCCAUUCAUCCUAAGAGACGUUUAGCAGAGCAUAACAAGAAGAAACAUCCAGAAUUGAGCAUUUAGGUGUAGAUUAGUUCAAGGUUUUACUGUAAACAUUUAAGUGAUAGUGUAAACCCAAAGGUAGAAUGCAACAUUUGCUUGAUUUUCAUGGUAAUUAUCUACCUUGUAUUAUACCUAUUGUUGGAUUUCUGCCAUGCUUAUCUGUUGUUGUUUAUGUGUUUCUUUGAUGUAUACAUUUGUUAAUGUUACCAUAUACCUGUAUGAUAGAGUUUCAUAAACAAAAGCAUUUUCUUUCAUGAACAAUAAAUUUUGUUUUUAGUGAAUUUUUUGAACACUGCUCUAAGAUAAUGUAAAUAUUCAUGUUUUCUUUUUCAUUUAGGAAAACAAAGUGUUCCAUUGAACAAAAGCUUCCAUGGUUUUUUUUCUCUCUUCAUUAUUGUUGAUGCCCAUUAUAUUCAUUAACAGUCUGUGGUUAUUAAGAUGUAAAUAUUUAUUGUAAUUUGGUAGUUUAAUACAAUGUAGAUUAACUGUUAUAUUUUAUAAACAUAUCAAUUUUAGACGAGCAGUGGCUCGUUUUGAAUGUAUUGCAAAUAGACCAGUAUUCAUUAACAUUUUCUGCUUGAAAAUUUACCUCCUGAUUUGGCUUAGGUGUUACUUUGUUAUCGUAUUAAUACGCACUUUUUUUUUUCUACGAUACAAGAGUUCUUUGUUUCAAUUUUAUGUAUUGAUACAUAAUGUAGAUGAAAUAAGAUUUCUGUGUCAUAAAUUGUUCAAAAUAAUUUUUUUUUUUUAUUAGGAAUAUGUUGUCAAUACGUUGUUGAAUAUGCAUUUGAAGUGAUAUAGUUGGAACUGUGAGUGAUAUAUAGAUUAUAUUUCACUGAUGUAUUUGAAUAUAUAAUUUAACAACAUAAGAUUGACUUUCUUGCCAGCAUUGGUUGUUUACUUUUUUUUCUAGGAAAUGUUAAUGAAUAUUGUUAACAAACUGUAGUUAUAUUUUAUACCCGCAUACAGAAGCACUAGUACAACAUUGUCGGCACCUAGUCAUUUAUCUUUAAUAUACAUUUAGAUAUAUAUAGAUAGAUAGUUAGUUAAAAUUGUUUUCACCGUGUUGAUAUAGCAUUGAACAAAUAUUUGAAGAGUUGGCCUCUUUUAAAACAGUUUCUUUCAAAGUAAUGGCGACAAAAAUGGCAUAACGGCAAGCAUAUGUCAUCACUGUAGAGCAAAGUCUUCUUAGCUGCUGAGUUUUAACAAUUUUAAAUUUUUGAAAUCCGUUUAAAAACAAACUGAACUUAGUUAAAAGCAGGUGAUGUCCAUACAAAUAGUCAGUUUAUAAGCUUUAUCAAAGUUCAAG